GUCGAUUUGAAGGGACAGCCAAUAGCGUUUUAAGUGGGGUCCUGCCCGAUUACUUGUAAGUUGUUGAUCAGAUCUUCAUCGAGCAUCUAGGUUCUUGCCGUUCAGGCCUGUCCUCUCCGAUUUAUUGUUCUUAUUGAGAGUCAGCUUCCAUUUGACUUAAAUUUUAUCAAGCUCCAUCAUCGUCGGUAAACUCGCUUUCUUAGCACCCAUAUAAAUCUUCUUUAUUGAAUUUUACUUCCACUGCCAAUUCAGUGUUGAUUGUUAUUCUUAUCUCUUCCCCACUCGCCGCCUGUCCAAGCCCAAGCUAAACAAAACAGAGUCCACCCACUAGUCUACCCCUCGACUCCAACUCCAGCUCACAUCGCGACAACUAAACAUCCCCACCAUACACUGCAUCGCUGAGCCAUUCUCCUUCUUCUUCAAUAUUCUCUCGCUCAAUUAAGCAAACACCCUCGGAAGAAGAUAAGCAGCCAUGGCUAGCUUUAUGUCCAGUUUCUUCCCUGGAGGGAAAGAAAAGAAUCCGGCCAGCGAAAAUGGCAGUUCGCGACCUGCUACGCCAUCCGCCAGGGUGGACAACUUCCUCAACCCCGCGAGCACACCUCAAGGUAGCCCGAGCAAGAAGACCAACCCUCCUGGCUCACAUGACCUCCCAUCUGCCUUCGAGAGUGCCUUAACACUCAAUCCUCCCGUCAUGGAACCACCUCUCAAGUUGGGCCGCCCUCAAAGCGCUGUGACCCCGCUAUCACCUGGCAAGACCAAGGUUCAGCCCCUCGACGAGUCCAACGUCAAUGUCGAUGAAAGUGUCGUCCAUAAGACGCGGCCUGGGAGCCCUCACAAGAAACAAGGCCAGGAGAACACACCCCCUACCUCUCGAUUGGCUGGCACCGAUUCUCCCCACCAACAUAGCCAUGCUGCCGUUACCCGCCAACAACACUAUGAGCACAGAGACCGACCAAACACGCCUGCGACGAAGAAAUUCAACACAGCUCGAGGUCUGACACCCGAAGAGCGAGAGAUUCUUCAGAAGCCUAACGUUAAGCGACUCGUCAAUGUUACUCAGCUUUACUUCCUUGACUAUUACUUUGACCUCCUUACCUAUGUUGGAUCCAGACAAAAGCGACUAGCAGCCUUUAAGAACGAAUACCCCCCGCCCCCAGAGACUGACGAGCAGACGCACAACCAAAUGUGGACCAAGUACACAGGACGAGAACGUGCCAACUUGCGCAAGCGUCGAGUUCGACUUCGACACGGCGACUUCCAGAUUUUGACUCAAGUUGGUCAAGGUGGAUACGGUCAGGUUUUCUUGGCUCAAAAGAAAGACACUCGUGAAGUUUGUGCCCUCAAAGUCAUGAGCAAGAAGUUACUGUUCAAGCUUGACGAAGUCCGUCACGUUUUGACGGAGAGAGAUAUUCUGACCACCGCCCAAAGCGAGUGGCUCGUUAGACUCCUCUACUCUUUCCAGGAUGAAAAAAGUAUUUAUCUUGCCAUGGAGUACGUGCCUGGCGGCGACUUCCGCACCCUGCUUAACAACACCGGUGUGUUAUCCAACCGCCAUGCCCGUUUCUAUAUCGCCGAGAUGUUCUGUUCAGUUGACGCCCUGCACCAGCUGGGCUACAUCCAUCGAGAUCUCAAGCCCGAGAACUUCCUUGUCGAUUCUACAGGACACAUCAAGUUGACCGACUUCGGCCUUGCCGCAGGUGUGCUCGCCCCGUCUAAAAUCGAGUCAAUGCGCAUCAAGCUGGAAAAGGCAUCCGAAAGUUCAGUUCCCUUCGGCAAGCCCAUGGAUCAGCGAACCGUGGCUGAACGUCGAGAGAGCUACCGGACAAUGCGCGAGAACGAUGUCAACUAUGCCAAAUCCAUUGUGGGAUCGCCUGACUACAUGGCCCCAGAGGUCCUUAGAGGGGAGGAAUAUGACUUCACGGUGGACUAUUGGAGUCUGGGUUGCAUGCUGUUCGAGGCACUCACUGGAUUCCCUCCUUUCGCGGGUUCCACCCCGGAUGAGACAUGGCGUAAUCUGAAGCACUGGAAGGAGGUGCUGAAGAGGCCUGUAUGGGAGGACCCCAACUACUUCCUGAGCAACAGAACUUGGAACUUCAUCUGCACAUGCAUCAACUCUCGCACAAGACGAUUCUCGAAUAUCAAAGAUAUCUAUGCUCACCACUAUUUUGCCGAAGUUGAAUGGGAUGUUUUGCGACAAACUCGUGCGCCAUUUGUUCCUGAGCUGGACUCGGAAACUGAUGCGGGCUACUUCGAUGACUUUACCAACGAGGCUGACAUGGCCAAGUACAAGGAGGUUCAUGACAAGCAACAAGCCCUAGAGACAAUGGCUGAACGCGAAGACCAAAUGAGCAAGAGUCUCUUUGUCGGAUUCACGUUCAGACAUCGCAAACCUGCAACAGAAGAAGGCGGGAGCCCCAGAAAGCGCAUUCCCACUGAUGAGACGUUUGGGACGAUGUUCUAGGACGAGCCCCAAACUCCUCAGAGUGUGGUUGGCUGGCGAGGUUUUGUCAACAGGGGGAAAGCCCUCUUUUGAAGUGAUACGAGCGGGUUGCCCUGGGACCAUAUUUUCGGGCCUUAGUGUGUGACAUGCAUACCAUCACGAGGAUUCUUGAUGCCUUUGUUGGUACUUGAACCUCCCAUUGCUUUUCUUCGAUGUUGCUGUAUUAUCACUUCCGAUCUUGUGUUCGGUGCUGCAAGUUCUGCAGUUCUGUUUUUGUGCUAUUCGUUUUCGGCAGGCAGGAGUUCUAUACGGACCAGGUUUUUGUGUACGGUCCGCUGGUAUGGAGUCUGAGAGUUGUCAGGCUGCCCACGAUAG